AUGGCUCAAACAAAUGCCGGCUUGAAACACCUCUGUAAUGCACUUGCGACCCCCGAUCAGCUUUCCAAUUCGUCCUCGUCCAUCGACGGACUGCCCUCUGACCUCGAAACCUCCAUUCGCUGUGCCGGUGCGCAACUCACUCAAGCAGCUGGUGUGUUGCUCCACCUAUCGCAAGAUAUUAUCGCCCAGGCGAUUGUAAUCUUUACACGAUUUUGGCUAGGCGCGGAUGGGGGUAGCUUGCGAAUCUACUCUGUCAAGGAUGUCUCUGCUGCUUCUCUCUACCUGACUGCGAAGCUAUCGUUCCAGCCAACUUCACCUCGCUCCAUCCUCAAUGUCUAUCAUCUCCUCCUCUCCCGCGAUGCCUCCCCAUUAUGGUUCGUGAACCCUCACGGAGCCCCGAAACAGCAACCUGCGGCAGAUACCUACGUCCUCUCCGAGGGAGGAUACCAGGCUGGCCGAUUGGUCCUCUUGCGCAUCGAAUCUGUUAUCCUUCGCACCCUUGGCUUUGAUACGCACGUUGCCCUCCCUCACACUAUCGCUCUCACGUACCUCCAAACACUAGGCGUGAGUAAACCCGCGGUGUCGCGCCGGGUUCUCGAGCAUCUCAACUCCACGCUACUCUCGCCUCAACUACUCUACGUAACACACCAGCCAAACGCGCUCGCCGUGGCGGCUAUCUAUCUUGCUACAAGGGAAGAAGGAGUCAAGCUGGUAGAUGGAGAAUGGUGGGAAGUGUUUGAUGUCGACCGUGAGGAGCUUGGGUUUUUAGUGGUGGGAAUGAGAAGCACCGAGGGCUUUAUGCGGAAAGAGACCGAGACGUGGAAGAAUAAGGCGAUUCCUAUGGUGAUAGAUGAGGUGGAUGCGGAGCUUGAGCGACGGCGGAUGAUGGACGAAGACAGCGGAUACGGCAUGGAGCACCUGACCACCGAUCGAUUCAUCCCAGAGCAGCUGGUCCAUGAGGCUCAGCCAGGCGCAGAAGACUCAAAUCAGGUGAAGCGAAACGAAGGCAAGAACGAGUAG